CUUUAAUAUUUUAUUUAAAAAAAAAAUUCAGGGAUGAAACGCUGUCCGAGACAGCGCUUUACGCUGAAAGCUUAAUUUGGUAAAUAGUUUUACCAUGCGUCUACUUUUGUAAUUAAUUUCGUAGUUAAGCUUAGUUUGGAAAAUCAUCCUCCAAUUUCUAUCACAAACUCACAAUUAGCUUAGUUCCUACAUAAAAAUGGCAGCUACAAUCUGUCUUCCUUCAUUUUCUCUCUCCAAAAUCUUCCCACCAUCCACUAAAAUGACAGUAAAACCCCUAGCAAUGCUCAGCUCAACUGGGUACAAAAUGGGAGUGCAAUACGAGCUGAAACAAGGACAGAAUCGUCAGUUUCACGAGCUCUCAUCUGGGUUAAAAAUGGAGGUAAUUUCCCAGAAGAAACAGAAAAGGAAAGAAGAUGAAGAGGAGAGAGAAAGUCCGCCGCUUGUAUUUGUCCAUGGUAGUUUCCAUGGUGCUUGGUGUUGGGCUGAACAUUGGUUGCCGUUCUUUUCUCAUCAUGGGUUUGACUGUUUUGCCCUCAGCUUGUUAGCUCAGGGUGAAAGUGAUGCUCCUGCUGAUAAGGCUGCUGGCACUCUCCAGACACAUGCAGCUGAUGUUGCACACUUUAUCAAGAAAGAACUUACAUCUUCUGCUGUUUUGGUUGGACAUUCAUUUGGAGGUCUUAUCGUUCAAUAUUACUUAUCAAGCCUAGGAAACAAGCAGAUGUUAGAUAUGAGCAAUCAACACCCAGAUCUUGCGAGAGCUGUACUUGUUUGCUCUGUGCCACCAUCGGGUAAUAGUGGCUUAGUGUGGAGAUAUCUCUUUUCCAAACCAAUUGCUGCUUUCAAGGUUACUCGCAGCUUAGCAGCAAAAGCUUUUCAGACCGAUUUGUCACUUUGCAAGGAAACAUUUUUCUCCACGCAGAUGGACGACAACCUGGUCCAAAGGUAUCAAAUGUUGAUGAAAGAGAGCUCAAGGCUGCCUUUGUUUGAUUUGAGGAAGCUAAACGCUUCCCUUCCUGUUCCUUCAGUGCCUGAGUCUUCUGUUAAAGUUCUCGUUGUGGGUGCAAGAGAUGACUUCAUAGUGGAUGCCAAAGGGCUUGAUGAAACGGGCAAAUUCUAUGGUGUCUCUCCCGUCUGCGUGGAUGGUGUUGCACAUGAUAUGAUGCUGGAUUGUUCUUGGGAGAAAGGUGCCAAUGUUAUUCUUUCCUGGUUAAGGACUGUUGACUCCUGAGACAAGGGAUAUUUUUUUGUUGAGGAUUAUUUUAGUUCAGUGGCUUCUUAGAAGCCCAGUGAGUUGUAAUUAGUCACACAUUGCAUAGUAAACUUUUUGUUCUGGAAUUUUAUUUUUGGUAACCUUCUAUCGGUGUUAAUUGGUUCUAACUCUGGCCAAGAACUAUGUGUGUAAUACCCGUCGUAAUUGCUUUAAAUGAUGGAUUUGCCAAAUCCUUUGUUUAGGAAUCCAAAUAAUUUGACGCCUACUAAACCUCUUUACAACUUGGAUUUGUAAAUUACUUAAUUUACCAUGUCAUCUCAAAUUCUCUCUCCUCUCUUACUUACUCUCCUCUCCAGCUUUCUUCUCCUCUGAUUUCCAAUUUCUCUCUCCUACGGUUUGGUUUUGAUUUUCCCUCUCCUCCAUUGAAGCAGAUUUGUGAGACCUCUCCUCCAUUGAAGUAGAUUAGUGAGCUCUUUCCUCCAUUAUAGCUCUCUAUCCUGCGUGGAAGUGUACUUUCGAUUAUCAAUUGAAGCAGCAGCGCGUGUGAGCUCUCUUCUCCUCCGUAAGACCGGCUUGUGAGCUUUAUCCUCCAUUGAAUCAGCUCUGAGGAAGUUCUCCAAGCCACUGCAUAUCAGAACAAAUUCAUUGAGAAUUGGGACAAUAUUUGUACUUUGUUUGCAUCGGAUAGAGCAACUGGUGACGGAGCUGAGCAUCAUGAUGAGGCUGCUGCUGCAAUGGACACCGAAAUUGAAGGGGUUAGUACCUCCAAGAAUUCUUUCGGAGGAUCAAACAAGAGGCUUAAGAGAGAUCAUCUAGCAGAUGCAAUGAGGUGUUUUGCAGAGUCGUUCAAGAAGUAUGUGAGCAGAGCGCAAGGGCCACCGAAACCAAGUUCACAAGAGAUCUACGAGGUAGUUUGGAUUGUACUUGGGAUCUCGCGUCACCAAGUCCUAAAAGCUGUGAAAAGGUUCAUGAAUGGGACGGCUGAUGAGUUUGAAAUGUAAAGAAAUCUACCAAAGGGGGGAAAAUUAGAUUGGGUUUUAUUAUUAUGCAUUAAUUAUUAGCAUCUUUAUGUAGAUGUUAGUGAACUAAAACUACUAGCUAGAUGUUGAUAUGUUGUCUUUUUGUUCAGAGUUUGCUAGCAAAAUGUACCUUGGAUUGAAAUUCCUUGUAUUGCCUAACAACUAUUAGAAUUUGAAAUUCAGGAUUUGAAAUUGCUUGUCUUGCCAAA